CUCUCUUUAUAUGACGUAUCUCUGCCUGCCCAAAUGGGUGUGAAUGGGCCAAAGAUCAAGUAAUAUUUGAAUGGUCAGAUAAUAUUUAAGAAUGACGAUGAAACUACUUUCGUCCCUAUGGCAAUAUUCUGUGUGAAAUAAUGGGCCAAAAAUGGGCAAAUCGAAAAAAAAGAAGAUUUGACACUUUGAAUCAAUCAAUCAGCUGUUUGCUUUGGUUUGUUUUACCUUUACCCUAAGUUCUUUCUUAUUCUACCAUCUGUAUCACCAACAUAUUAUUUUAUUAAUUUACAUGCUCGUGUGUAAUAAUGUCGUGUCAGGUAGAGCAAAUAGCUGACUGUGGCGAUAUAUCAACGUUAGCUAGAGCGUUGUUUAUACCCGAAAGAGAAGAUGUGAACUGGUUAUCUCAGUGCUGUGUCUCAUUGUCUUCGUGUGGAAAUCUAUUAGCAGUCGGAUAUAGAAGCCGUUUGUGUUUACUGACCACACAAUGGAUAAGUUCUACUGACAGCAACACUUACUUGAUAUCAUGGAGUGGAACAUUGCCUUCAGAUAUAACAGCUUUGUUGACUUUAUCCAUAUGUCCAUCUCAGCAUUCUUCACAGAAUGGACCAGAUUGGUUUUGCAUUAUCGUUGGAUUUAAAAAUGGAAGUGUAGGAUUUUACACGAAUACAGGGCACCUGUUGUUACUUGAGAAAUUAGAUGAGAAGCCUGUGUUGAAGAUAUCAUGCCAUACAGGCACCUAUGGAACUCUGCCUGAUGAUAUCCACAUACUGUUCCCAACCUGUGAAUGUAUUGUCUCUGGAUCAGGCUUGUUUCAGACACUGAGGAAUGCUAAAGCUCAAUUAGCUAAGGUACAAGCUGGCAUCCAAGAUGACUAUACAGUGGACAGCCGAAGUAUUGGUAUAAGGAAGUGGGUGUUCAGCGACCAGGACAACAUCAAUGAUGCAGCUGUGGUGGGCCUGGAGCUCAAGAACUCUUAUGACCAUCUACUGGCGGCUUCCACUUAUGGAGGCUAUGAAACAUGGUAUCGUUCAAUCCCACCGGUAAAUACGCUCAUCCUUGGAGCGGGAGGUACCCCUUACAUAGGUUUCCACUACGCCUUAGAAGGUGGCACCACGCCUCCGCUGCAGGAUGUGGCACGAGCAGUCGCUAACAAAAUUAAGUCAGCUUUACCAGGCUGGCUGGGCGGCGCGUCGACCGAGAGCCAAGCGACGAACAUAGAGCCGGUGGUGAGGUCGGAGCAGCUGUCGCUGCGGUGCGGACUGUACGACGGGGCGCGGCAAGGCGCGCUGGUGGCCGUGUCGCCGGACAAGCGCCUGGCCGCCGUGGCUGACAGUGUGGGCCGCGUCGCCGUACUCGACGUGCAAAGAGGACAUCUUAUCAGGCUCUUUAAAGGCUAUCGAGAUGCUCAGUGUGCCUUUGUUCAGAUAUUCGACGUGGACAGCAAAAAGCCGCAACUGUCUGUAGUGAAAGAAAUAAAACGUGCCGUUUUUCUUAUCAUCUACAAUCCGAAGAAAGGACUAAUUGACAUAAGACUCAUGCAAAGAGGCACGCGAGUAGCAGUGUUCACUGCCACGAAAAACGGAAAGCUUAUUUACAACACCUGCGGGUUAGUCGGCGCAGAGAAAAAUUACACGCACAAGAAACUGAAUUUGCCAGAGUUUCAAUGUGUGCUGAUCGACCCCGACGGUAAACUCAAGAAAUUCAACAUUCCAUUCUUCUACGCCUUAGAUGGUGAAAACUCCGACAGGUCUAAAGACUUACACGCCUUGCGCGAGCUUCGUGAAUUUGUCAAAAAAACCUCUCACACUUCUGAAGAAUUCGAAAGCGAACUCGUCAAAAGGGCUUCAGUGUUGAAAACUCUGGAAUUGAAGAAACAUUGUAUAGACAUUUUAAUACGGAAAUAUGAAAUCCCUCCCAAACUCAUCAUGGCUUGCUUAGAAGUAUUUUGGGAUAGCCUUGAAGAUAAAGAACUCAACGAGGAAGACGCAAAGAUUAAACAACAUUUUGCUAAUCUAGCAUUAGCAACUCUAUUCUAUAGACAUAUCAAUAACGAAAAUGCAGAUGAUGCGAAACAACUGAUAACAAAAAUCUACAAAAGUUUGGAUAUAGAGGUAGAAACUGACGAGGUUGAGCAAGGUGAUACAAGUGAAGAAGUUCCAGAUUUUCACCUCCUAGAAGACGAUAACUGCAUCUUAGAAAGACUUCUGCAUUUGGCACAAGAAAACGGAUAUAAAGAACAUCAACAUACACGAGUAACAUUUGCUGACAACAGCACAAACACUUUCAAAGAAUUUAUCUCUUGCUUCAGUUUGGAGGAAAAAUCUAAACGUAUAUCUUUGAAACCUGAAACGUCGAUUGAAAAACUAAAUAGCCUCGCAUCUGACACUUUCAAAUCCAUAUUCAAAAUAAGCAACGUAAAACUGUUGACCGACUUUGUCAAACAAAGCAAUGUUGAUACGAAAGACAUUGUUAAAUUAGUCAUCAUGCAUAUAAUGAAUAUGCAGUUGGAAAAUAUAAGUAUUGAUCUUAUUGAAAAAUUGAUAGCGGUCUUAUAUUAUCUCUGCAAUGUCAGCAAAGAAGCCACUCACAUAGUUUACAACGAAAUGUCACCGUGGUGGCAAAACAUUCGGGACAUGUUGGUGGAUAUGCCGUGCCCAUUGAGAAGCAUGAUAGUAGCCAUGACCUGCAAAGCUGUAAGCAAAAUAUUUGAAAUCAAUUCUCUCGAAGGAGACGAAGAAGCAUGGGUCUCUGUUACAAAAGAAAACGCCAAGUGGGGUAUACUUAUCGGAAAACUUGAAGAUAUAUCGCUCCUUAGCAUAAUUCUCAUGUUCAAAGACACUUUCACAGGAAAAUCUCUGCCAAAAUUGGAAGUUAGUGACAUCAACAUUAAUUUGAAAUAUAUCUACACAAGAGGCAAGGGCUCCAUAACCGAGUUAAUAGCUAAGUGGCUUUGUAGCAUGGGUGUCGUGCCUGAAGCUAUAGUAGCGAACGAAUUGAUGGAGAUACAUGCCUCAGUAAACCCGGACUCAGAUGAAAAUGAAGAAGACGACAGUGCAGAGUAUCUGUUCAUGCAGAACAACAGUUUCUACAUUGCCGACAACCCCAAAAUAUUCAAAUGGGUAUCUCUUCUACGACGACAAUUCCCCCUAAGCACAUCGGCCAAUUACAUAAUUGGUAACAUGUGCUGGGAAUACGCGAUUGACUGGCAGAAAAAUACGCAAAAGAUUGAUGAUUUGAAUGCAGUAUUUCGUUGUCUCCAGAACAUAUCAAACUUGCAUUUACGAUUAGGUUUGUUCUCAAUAAUAUGGUCCACUUAUAUCAAGCAUGCUUUCGAAGCUAGCUGCCGACUAGUGAAUAAAGUCGGAAGACUGCCAAAGGAUCCCUUAUGCCUCCAGGAUGUAGGUUUCGGCAACACCACCAUGUUGUCUUUUCUUGAAAUCACUACUAAGUAUUUGGACGGUUUUCUAACUUGUGCAACGAAUGCUAUUCAACAAGAGAGACAACCCAUUCAACUAGAGAAGAUCUGGGAUGAGAGUAUGCCAUCAUUAGUUGAAGUCGCACAAGACACGAAAAAUGUAAACAAUGAUAUCCUAAUUCUGAACUACCAAAUAUCGUGCACAAUUUACUACAUGUGCCAUUUCAACAUAAAAUAUUCAAAACCACUGGAUAGCCUGUAUGACAUUGACUACCAGUACAUAUUUGAUGCACUCACAGGAAAUGUGGUACCAAGGGAAAUAAACAUGAAAGCGUCGGAAAAAGUUAAGAAUCCCAGAAUGAAGUUCAUAACAAAACUGAUUCGUGCUGCAAUAGAAACUAUAACGUGUAGAGAUACUGACGGUCCGCAGAUCAGUUACAACGAUGAGGAAUGCGUUACUUGGAUUGAUAACAUUGGCAAUUUAGCAGAACUGUGGAACAUUGACAACGAGUUCAUUAAAAGGCAGCAGGUGAUAGGGCUGUUCCACAUGGGCUACGACACGCUGGCGGAGAGCGCGCUGGGCGUGGUGCGCGCGCCGGGCGCGCUGCUGGCGCCGCUGCUGGCGCUCGCCACGCAGCGCCUCAAGCGCAGCCAGGCGCACUCGCACAACCAGCCCGAGUGGAUCGUCACCGUGCCGCCGCACUUGUACAAGCGAUUACAAAACACGGCACUAGAUACUUCUAUUCCCGCGCAUCCAUCGUUAGCUACCACUAUAUUGGUGCUACAAAAGGCUCUCUAUCAAAUAGACAAGAAGACGUCCAGUCCAGACCAUGAUUUGCAGCAAAACAUCAAACUAGCCCAACUUAUAAUAGAAACUUGUGAAGUUUUACUUAGACGAAAAUUGUAAUUAUACAGUAGUCAUACCAUUUUAUAAGUGCAAUAUUUUUAAAAAUACUACUAUUCUAUAGAUAUAAAUUAACGCUAAUAAAUAACAGUGUGCAUUUCACAGUGGCUUAUAUUAUGUUGUAUAUUUUAGAGUUCAAGCUACCAGGAACCCGUUCACAUGUUCUUUGUUUUGCAUUCGCUGUAAUCAGUAGUGUAACAAAUAUAGCUAACAGUCACUAGUAGUGUAGUUUAAGCUAAAACAUCCAGCCUGGAAAAUGGUUGUAAACAAUUCCACCUACCCGCAUUUGGUCACCACGCAAUGGAUGGAUUAUGAUAUGGUACAUAAGUCUUUCAGUUGACUGAGACCCGGAUCCGCAUUAGCUGCGUUACACAAAAAGAACACGUGAACAGAUAACGUGUGAAGGUCUCCUGUCCUAAUUCUUAUGUGUACUUGAAUAUCUAUUUUUUUUUCUUACGUCUAAGCUCAUAUUAUUAUAAAAAGGUAUAGUUUGUUCGUAGCCAGUAAUCACUGGAUCUACUAAACCGAUUUAAAAAAAAUCUCUUCAGUAGAAAGCAACACGGACCACCGGCGGACCGGAAGAGUCGGAACUUGAGACUGGAGUAAAUUGACUGUUAGCCUACGAAUAAAUAAGUUAGCCCUUUGGUACCUCUUAUUGACUUCAUAGAUCAAUGAUAUUGACAUAUCCUUACAUUGUUUGCAUGUUUAAUACUGAGAAGACAAGUCACUGUACAUAACUUCGUAUUGGUAUUUGUUAAGAAAAUAAAUAAGUAAAUGUUUUA